AUGCACAAAAAUGCCCUUUUUAAAGGUCGCAGCACUCUUGUUGCCAUGGUAACAACGACUGCUUGUUCGAGGCCUGGGGCCUCAUUUUCAUACAAAAACGUCGCAAAAAAAGAGUGAAAUGUUUAUUUCUCUACCUCAAGCUAAAUAUAACAUUACAAAUUGGCACUUCUACCAUACAUAGUGACAUCAUUCGUCUUCACUUUGAUUUAUUCAAUUUUCCCUGAGAGUGAAUGUGAACACACCAAUAGAUUAUUCAUCUCGGUACAGUUUCGGUCAUUUUUGUUGUCGGGUAAAACAGGGAAAACGUUUAUCUGAAUUUCUCCAAAAGUACACCGAUUCUGGAACUGAAACUACUCACCUAGCUGGUUAUAAUAUUCUAGUUUUUAAAUAUGUAAAAAUCUCUGCGGGCCUGCCUCUACUUUUUAUAGGGGCAAUUCGCGAAAAAAGCUCAAAAUCAGAUAUUGCAUAAUUUGGCGAUGUUUACAUCUAAUGUUCUCAACAACAAAUGUUUCAGACAAAUGAAACAUGCACGGCUUUGGAAGAAUGUUAUCCUAUGAGCAAUAUCCCGAAGAGAAAUUUCGCCUCUCGUUGUCAUCUUUCUUUGGAGCGACCGAUGGAAACUUCAUAAAAUACAGCGUCACGCCAUCGUGACAACGUACAUAUUUAUGACAAAUGACCGGUGUGAGGAUAGUUUCGUGUAGAUCAGCCGACUUCAACUUGUUUCAAAUGACAUACAAGUAUAUCAGUGUAUCUUCAGAGGACUUCGGAUCGCUCAAAUUCCCAUGAAUGAAGGUGCAGCACUCGGAAUCUGGAUGAUAUGCACACGAUUUGAGGUAUAUGUUUGUAGUUAUGUCGAGUAG